GUGUAAGUUUGUGUUAUCAUAAUAAUUAAUAUGCAUUUUGAUCCUUAAGAUGCAAGAUAUUAUUUGUGUUAUGUUUAUCUAUGAGAGUGGAUAAUGGAGUUCUAAUGCUGUGCAUAUAAUUUCAGUCUGUCUUUAAAGUGAAACCAAUCCACCGAUUCUAGUAAGCACUGCCUACAAGGUAAGAUAAGGUUUUUAGUCUUGACCAAUGAUCUCCCUGAAUAACUUCCUUGAGAGUGGACUUUAUCCAUUCAUUAUCAUCCAACUCAAAUGAACUUCAACCCUCUGGAUCUAAGGCACUACCCUGAGGAGUAACAGCAGCAGUGAGGCAAAACUGUUUGAAUGUUUGUUUGAGUCAAAUGACAUUUUCUGUUGAUAUGAGGGCCUGUGGAUAAAUGAGAUACAGCUUUACAACAUUUCAGGAAGAUGACGCAGAACAUGUUUCAGGAGGGGUUGUACCAUGUGUUUUUUAAAGAGCCACCCUCAACACUGACUCAGGGUACCAAUCAUGCGGAGCUAAUAAAUGUCAGGAUUCAUCGUUGGUUUGGAACUGUGGUAAACACCAGACUUUUAGUCAGUGGGGUGGUGCAGAUCAUCAGCGCUUUAGCUUGCAUACUAACCACAGUCACCCAUGCGUGUGUGAGCUACAACUGCUCUGUCUCCAUGACAACGCCAGUGUGGUCAAGCCUAUUUUAUGUUGCUGCAGGGUGUCUGGCAAUAGAGGUGCAGAGGAAAGCUAAUAGAUUAAAGAUCAUCGCUCUGAUGGGUCUGAACGUCUUUUGUCUGCUGUUUGGCUCCACUGCUCUGCUGGCCAAUGCCCUCAGCUCGACAGAGCUUGCCACACUUAACACAAACCAACAGCGUGUUGGUUCAUAUGUUGCAAGGGGGAGCUCCAUAGUAUUUACUAUACAGUGUUUUCUGGCAUCAGUCUACAUACUUUUUCUGUCGUGGAGAGGCCUACACCGCUACAGUGCUCCCCAUACUCAGGCCUACAGCCGCAUCUCACAGGAACCAGAUGAAACCAACGGGCCUUUAUUGGAACAAGUAGAAUACAAUCUGUGAAGCUCAAAGACAUGAAAAGACUCACUCCUGCUUUGUAAACUCAUGUUACUGUUGUUAUUCAGGAUUUGUAUGUUAGAAUCAACAGCUUGCACAAUCCUAAAUGAGAAAAUUGUUAUUCCUGAUGUUGUGAAAUCAUAGCAUGCCACUUAGUAUCACUUCUUCUUCUCUCCAAAGUGCAACAGCAAAGUUAAAACUUACAAAAAAUAAAUAGCAUAUAAAAGAAAUGAUGAUGUAGUAGAGAAAUUGCUGAUUAAAUGAACUUAAGCAAAUUAUUUGCAAGUUUUCAUAGCAGAGGGGUUUCUCAUUUUCUUACGGAACAUUUUUUAAAAUUGCUAAUUUUUCUAAUUUUCACAGAUGCUGCUCUGUGAUCAACAGUAGAGGGCAGCAUUGCCACUUAUCUGACAUGUUUGACCCAUAAAAUGAAAUUCUUUCACUUCAUUUGCCAAAUCUAUUUGAAUAAGCAAGCCCACACCCAAGUUACAUGGGUACACCUAGAUUAUAAUAAUCAUUGAAUAUUAAAAAAGGUCAAGAGAGUUCAUACAAAUUUUUUUGAAUUUAUAUUUUUGACACCACGAGUCACCAUAAAAAUGAUAACUUUUGUAUUCUGUCCAAAAAAGUGUUCAGAUGUGUCAGUAAUCUGGUUUAAAGGGAACAAUCUAAAGGUACUAAAACCUAAAGAGAAUGGACACAUGGGGCUGUAUUCUUAUUCAUAUAUUAUUCUCUUUACUUGUCUAAGUAGACAUCAGAUGUUGUUUGAACAUGUUGAACAUAUGUUGGUUGAACAUUGUUGUGAGAGUAUAUAUUGUACAUCAGGUGUGCGAUAAAUGAAUAAGACUAUAUCUGACUGUUGAACUUCUGUUGAGACAGAAGUAUUGUCAAAAUAUAAAGUUAAAAAACAAUUGGAGCUUUGUGUACGGCCAUCCUUUUGAAA